AUGCAUGAACCACUUCCAUGUUACUUCAUCAAUUCAUCACACAAUACGUACUGCAUAGGUCUGCAAGUGAAAGGAGCGCAGCUGUUUCCAUCUUCCAGCCAUAGAGAGGCUCUUGCAGACGUCGAAAUUUACAGACAGGUUCUUCUAUCAGGUUGCCGAUGCAUUGAAUUGGACUGCUGGGAUGGCUCCGAUGGACCAGUGGUUACACAUGGACCAGCGGCCGUUAUGCGAAUGAAUGAAAUCCCACUUAAGAUUGUCUGUAUGGCUAUCGACGAGUGUGCGUUCAAAGUAUCGCCUUAUCCUGUCCUUUUAUCUAUCGAAAACCACUUGUGCCAGCAGCAACAGAAGCUAAUGGUACAAAUAUUCCGAGAGACUUUCGGCUCCAAAUUGCUAGUCGAUGCUCUGGAAACCCAUCCGCUCGUCGAGGACCAGUCUCUACCAUCACCGUAUGCUCUUCGAUAUAAAAUAAUCAUCAAAGCGAAAAAAUCGAAGCCAAAGAUUCAGCCGAAA